AUGGAAGUUGACAGUCAGACCAACCAAGGAAACGCAGAUGAUAAUGCAGCGUCCUCCAAUGGCGAACCACCUUCUCCAAUCGUUAUUUCAAGCGGUGAUGACACAUCUGAAUCUGAUGACUUCGAUGAAGUCAUCGGACCAGAGUUUACAGAAUUUAGUGUUCCGGUUGAUAUAACCACCAACAAUGAGGAUGAAGACAAUCAGCAUGGAGAGAUUCCCACCGGUUUAAAGGACGACGUUCUUCCCUUUGAGUUUCUCAACACAGAUCCGCAGGAUAUGUUUUUUUCUUCUGAAUAUGAUUAUCCAACUUUCGGACCUUACCUUUUUGAUGGCAUUGAGGGCAUGCCACAGGAAGAAAAUAAUGUAGAUCUGCCACCACCAGGAAUGGAGUCCGUUCUAGAACUGCAAGAUUCUCUGGCGAUUCCGAUGAUUCCGGUACCCCCGAGUUCAACUUUGGACUCAAACAAUCUGAGCUACGAGCAGUUUUUGCAUGCCGGAGAUUACCAAGGAGGUCCUUCUGGUGAUUGGGAUAUUUUCUCAGGUGACAAAACUUAUUUACUAAACUCACAUUGA